AAACAAAAAGAGAAAGAUGCAGAAAGAUGCAAAAAGACCUAUACAUUAGGGAGCUUCUGCAGCCGCCAUAGGUGAAGCUUAUGCAAAAGCAGGACAAUGGUUGGAUGCUGUUAACUAUACGAGAGGAGCGAAAGAUUCCAAUUUUGUUGGUGAUCUCCUCAAACAACGUGCUCAAAGCAUUCUGAAUGAUCUGUCAACGAAGUCAGAAGAAAUUGAAAGGUACACUAAACGUCUCGAAGUAGUUCGUUCCAUCAAAGAAGAACGUAUUCAGAAGAUCAAGGAAGGAGUAGAAAGUGGCAGAGAUCUUGAGGACAUCGAUAUAUUUUCCGAUGCGGGUAGUACUAUGAGUGUAAUGAGCAGACGAACAACGAAAACAGGAAUGAGUCGAGCUAGCACCACAGCUACAGUUCGAAAAAGAAAGCAGGUAAUGUGCUGGCUAUCGAUUUGGACAAAAUUGCGUAAUCUACGAAAAGUUUGA